AUGUCAAAUCGGGAUCCUUUCCCCUCUCCGAGGGUAGAAAACGACCUCACUCUCAGCGGCUACAGGCCGCAGCAGAAAAAAACAUACAAUAAACCAACUCACAUCGCCCAGACUGAGGAACCUUGGAGUCGCCUCCACGACACAGCCACUGUGGCCAGCACCCAGCGAAGUAUUUUGAACUGUACACAGACUCCCAACGACAGCCUUGACCUUCAGCUAAACGCGGUCUACGAUCACCACAAGAACUGCUUCUGGAGCAAGAACCAGAUUUUGUACCAGAAGGAGACUGUCUCUGAAGACCACAGGAAAGAGGCAAACUUAGAGAUGGACGAAGCAGAAAAUGGAAUCACGGUGUGGGUCGACAAACAGAGGCGCUCUAUUCGCAUCAGCUGA